AUGGAAACUGGUCAAAGCCCGCAUGCCAUAUCGUCUACUGGCGCUGUACAACCCAAGGGGUGUAUUCGCACUCAAGGGUCACAAAGUCCGCCAGUAGUUUCAUCUAGAGUGGCUCCAGCUUCUCAGCCUGGUAAACAAUCCGCGGGUAAGCCACCUAGCCAUGCUGCGGGCGGCGUUAACAAACCCAAACAGUCGAAAAGCCGAAAUGGGUGUGUGACGUGCAAAACCAAGAGGCUCAAGUGCGAUGAGACGAAGCCGACAUGCCAGCAAUGUCAUAAACGAAAUGUUACCUGUGGAGGGUAUAAAAAGGACUUUAAGUGGAGACCAUUCAAGGAGACCAGUUUUACGAACAAAUCUGCUCCUAAAGGGAAAAAAGUUCCCCUUAGUGCACCACCCCCUUCUCCCACAGUACCUGCUCAUAAGCCAAUCCGCUUAACACUGAGCCCACUAACUCCUCAUAGUUCAAAUUCACCUGAGGAAGAUACCGUGGAAGAGUACCAGAGCCCGUACCUUUCUCUUGAGGGUGUUACAUCCUUUCCUGCAUAUGAUAUUUACCCGCAUUAUCUAUUUCCGUCGCUUUUAAGCCUACAGGAUCACUAUUUGGAUGAUUACUGUGCAGAAAUUAUCCCUGACUCAUCAUAUAUCUCCUUAACUCAAUCUCCGAAAUUAGCAGAAAGUCUCCUGGCGAAUGAUACCACAGGCCAGCUGGAAUGCCCUUCUGAAUGGCUAGCAUCGGCCCCACCGCCCACCCCAGAUCUUAUAGAUCUCGAAGAUGAAGAUGUGGAAGAAAUAGUCCGACAGUCCAACCCGGAAGUGAGCUUGCCAUCGUGUUGGAAUGCUUCGUCUGCAUCAGUGGAUUGCUUCAAGAACCUGCUAAAAAGGUCUAUAUCUUACGGGCCAUCUUUGCAUCCGGAAUCUCCAGCAAUGCUCCUCUCUCGGUACGACCGGCAGACCUGUGGUAUUCUGUCUGUAAAGGACGGGAUAUCUGAAAACCCCUGGCGUACCUUGGUGUGGCCCCUGGCAGCAGAUUGCCCCGCGCUCUUCCAUGCAAUAUGCUGCCUGUCCGCAUUUCACUGUGUCAAAGAAAAUCCUCGCCUGAGAGUCCAUGGUAUGGAUCAUAUGCAUCAGAGUAUGAGUAUGCUUGCCACUGGGAUUGAAACUAUGAAAAUGGAUGAGGCAUUGACUACAACCCUAGCUCUUGUAUUUGCAGAGUCCUGGGACCGACACAUAUCCACUGGCAUGCAGCAUCGCCGAGGUGCACGGGUUCUGCUGAAUCAGGCUCUGGCGCAGCAUCGUCAACGUACCAAUCCGCCAGCAAAGGAUAUAGCACGCCUACAUUUCUUGUACAAUACUUGGCUAUACACAGAUGUUGUCGCGAGACUCAUCUCACUAGAAGACGGCGAAGUUGACGAAGCUUUAUUACUCCAGGAUUUGAAUCCCUAUCUUCCACGCUCGCCUAUCCACGAGGUUGAUCCGCUGAUGGGAUGUGCAACGACUCUAUUUCCACUAAUAAGCCGGGUUGCCAGUUUGGUUCAGAAAGUCCGCAAGUCCAAAAGUAACUCUAUUCCGCUCAUAUCACAAGCUUUGGAGCUUAAAACUCUCAUUGAAGAAUGGGAAGUUCCAAAGUACUUCCAACCUCCAGAGGAUCCAACUUCCAAUGUUCAACAUAGUUUCCAAACCGCCCAAGCGUAUCGUUGGGCGAUUCUACUCUAUCUACACCAAGCCGUUCCCGAAGUUCCAUCUGAAUCGGGUGCUGAACUCGCCAAACGCGUUCUUGUGCUAUUAGCUACUGUUCCACCAAGUUCCAGAGCAACAAUUGUCCACAUAUAUCCCCUAUUCGCCGCGAGCUGCGAGGUGGAAAGUGAAGAGGAUCGAAACUGGGUCAAGGAGCGGUGGGCUGCGAUGCAGUCGAGGCUAAUGAUUGGAAACAUCGAUCGGUGCCUUGAGGUCGUUCGGGAGGUAUGGCGUCGUAGGGACUCGUUCAAUGAAAGGAAUAAGAAUUCUCCACAAGCAUCUUUCGCGCAACCUGUCGAUACGACUCAACGGAAAAGCAUUUACGGGGUUAGUAAACCUCCCACCGUGGAUAAUGACGAGAAUAUGGAGGAAAGUUCUGCGACAUUCGAGCUUUCGGACGGGUCCAAAAGCAACCCGGCUAUCGCAGGUAAAGGAAAAAAAAUUAAAACAUAUCGUUCCCUCUCAUCGCCAGUUAGUCCUAUUAGAAGAGGCUCUUUUAUUCCCUGGUUGGAUGAUAGGGACAUCGAGAGUACAGUGCGGGGAAGAUUGCAUUGGGUUGGCGUCAUGAGGGAUUGGGGUUGGGAAGUCCUCCUUGGCUAA